AUGAAGCUGUGGGUCAGCUGUCUUGUCCUGGUUUUGGGGUCAUGUCUGAGCAGCUCAGCCAUGUCACCUGAGGAAUGCCAACCCUUGGUCACACCUUUGUCUUUGGCCGACCCUUCACCGGUAAGUCCUCUUCUGUUCCCUGCCCCAGUCUUAGGCUCAGCAUUGAGACAUUUUUUCACUGAUAGCUUAUCCUUGGUAUGAAUCUUUGAUGAUUUCAGAGCAGCACAGAUUUAAUCAGUUUGAGCUUUAGCUUUGAAGAAAGAAAUGAGCAGUAUCUGUAAUCAAAGACGAAUACAGAAAACAUCACAUUUCAGACAAAGUAUACUUUUGGGAUCUGUCGUGCACCGACUCAAAACAAUGGGGUUUGUGAUGCAAGUGUCAUGGUUAUUUCAACCAGCGCCAAUGCUCUGUAUCUGUACUGAUGGUUGUUCUUUCCCAUCUGCCCAGCAGGGAUUGGAUGAGGUAAAUGACCUCAGACAUGUGGCUGCUCUUCAUGGCAUCAUUUUAGCUCUAGUUAAAAGUACAUUUUCAAAAGUUACUCUGAUAAUUAUUGAUCAUUGGAGGGGUGCCCAGCUCUGGAGAUGAAGAAUAACUGCAUCCUUCAUUUCAUUGAGCAUUUUGCUGCUUUGUCAUUGCUGCUGAUGGUUAUGCCAUUUCUUAUCACAUCUUCUGCUUCUGUGGGCCUCCUUAGCUCAUGCUCAGAUGAAGUAGAUGACUUAUACGUGGACCAGAGUUUCUGAUAGUCCCUCCAAGACUUUUGUCUGACAAAGAGUGUCCGAUUAUUUGUUCACAUGACUGCUUGACUAAUGAAUAAACUCCUGAAAUCAAACAAUGAUCCAUCUGUUGGUGUGCAUGGGAACACGGUUUGUUCAUUUGACGUGUUUUUUGUGUGUGUGCAGAUGUUUGGCAAAAUGCACUUCCUCAUGGGUUUUGUUGAAAACGAAGUGUUUAACGCCAUCUUGAAGGUAACCGACAGCUCCUGGGUGAACAUCUCUCAGUCAUCCGCAUCGCCCAAUGAACUUCUUAUGACUGAAGGGAACAAGUUGUGAGUAUGUGCAGGAGAAACCCUCAUACAGGACAUUCUUCAAAAACAGGAAGUCAAGAAAUAAGACCAGAAUGUCAGAUUUCAGUCAGGAUGAGGCCCUCUUGGCUUGUCAUCCAUUAAACAGGAAGUUACUACUUCUCUUUCAUACAGAGUUCAGUCUGUUUGAUAUUUCAUAUACAGGAUCGAGAUCCGCGCCUGAACACAUCAAUAUACUCAUUUGUAAACUAGUCAGAGCGGCACCCUGUGGAAGAACAUGGUACCAAAUUUUACAGGAAUGAUGAUGGUCCUGACCUAAACUUAUCUCCUGACCUAAAUUUAUUUUUUUAAUAAGUUUAGGUCAGGACCAUCGUUGCGCUAUCAUAGUGAGAGCACCACCUGCUGGUUACACUGAUUUUUACACCCACAAGCAAAUCCCAACUUUUCACUAAUUGUUUCACUAAUGCACUUUCAUGACUUUGCAUUACCAAAGACUUCGUCAAAGUCAUAGCCCCACCUACUGGUCAAACACAGGGCACACACAGUUCUAUGUUUUUUAAAUCACACAUGUAUGCUGACAGUCCAGCCUGCGCACAACUAAAUCUGACUUAAGCAGAGACCACCAACAGAGGCACAGUUGCUUCUGGCCCAUUCUUAACUACUUGCAGCUUUAAUGUCUUUUUUUCUUACUUAUAUUUGUACAAGCAGAUGUAACAUGAUUAUUCAAAGAAACAAACAUUUUGACUCGGUUAUAGUCUCAAAAACUGCUGAACACACAAUAAUUUUCAGUUACCAGCUGCUCCUUUUUUAGCUACACAAUCAUCCUGUAACACUUGUUCCUUAAUCUGACCAUGCAAUAACUGCACUCAUUGUCUCUUUUCUUGAUUAAUUCCAGAAAUGGAACGUGCAUAUCCUCAAAAUUCACCAUGACUCUUGAGGAAGACAUGGCCAAAAUCAAAAGUAAGUGACGUGAUCUGAUAGGAAACUGGAUCCUCUAAAUGUUUCUGUAGGUCUGUUCGGGAGCCAAUGAAGGGACGAUCCAAUCAACCAAGAGUCCAUGAUCCAAAGUAGGGGAGAGGGGUCAUUAUUUAAACAUUUUGAUCCCUAAAUUAAAUAGUCCACAGUAAACUUCAGAGGGCCAGGCCAUGCAUUUACGUGGACAGCUGUGAUUGACAGCUAACCUUUUAGCCCCUUUACAGAGGGCUUUGGGCAGUUAUGUACUGUACCUUUUAAGGGGGUUUCAGUCCAGCCUUGUGCUGUGCUUGAUCAGUUUCAUCAGUCUAACCCCAACUAGAGGGGGACAAUGACUUUGGAUCAGCAUGGCGACAAAACAGACACUGCUUUUUCUUCUUUGUUGGUUUUUUAGAUGGUGGCAUUCAAUUUAGAUCAGUAGAAAUUAAACAAGAGACAAGAUAGAUAAAAUAAAUCGCAGUUAUGACAGAAAGGUUCAUUCGCAACUUUGACAUAUGUAAAAAAAAAAAGUUCAGACUUGAGGGAAGCAGAGUGUAAUGGCUGGGUCCUUGAUAGUCAGAGAUUUAUUCCCCGUUUUUUGUCCUGAUGGUCAAAUAAGUAAUCAUGUAUCUGACAUCAGUGCAGCAUACAUAUUCUGAAAGCCAAAUAAACUUGAUUGUAGUAAGACGGGUUAAGGUGUAACAUGGGUUAUCACACAUUUUUACCAAUAAACAGGUUGAGAUGUGUCUUUUUCUUUAAUUUUAAGAAGGCGAGCGGCUGUUUGACAUUUUAAUUUUGUUUCCACUCUAAGCGGCCAACCUCAGCUGCACCUUUUACUCUCUGCCAUCCUGUGAGGGCUGUCUGGCCCUCAACAUGAACAGCAGCGUUGUCGGCUUGAAGGACUUACUUGACAUGAUGAAAAUCGAGAGCCCCACAGAAGCGGAUGAAGUCCACACUCAUGCUUUUUACCUGUUGGGUAAGAAGAGAUCAAGAGAGGCAGAUCAUUAAAAUCAUGAAACAUUUCUCUCCUUUAUUCUUUUGUUUUCUUGUUCGUUUCCAGCCAGAAACACAACUGUGGAUGCCUCAGACCUGGAACAUUUUAAGAAGCAGGCAGAGUGUCUUGGUUUCAAGGGAGAACCAAACUACCAGUUUGACCCCAAGAACGGUUCGUCAUCUUAACCCCUGUCCUCCUCUGAAAGAACUAAACAGAGCUGUGUAAUUUCAGACAGAUCUGAACUCUCUCUCUCUCCUUUUUCUGCAGAUUUUUGUGAAGAAGGUGAAGGAAUAUUCGUCGCAUACUAA